GGAUCAGUAUAACUCCGUAUAUCUCUGUUUUAUUAGGCCCCAUUGUUACAGUAUGGCUGCUGAAGGUGGUUUCUUUAGUGUUUUAGGUGACCUGUUCAGGAGCUAUUCUGAUGAUACCCCGAGGAAGCUAAAGCUCAUAGAUGCUUAUUUGUCCUACAUAUUAGUGACUGGAGUCAUACAGUUCAUCUACUGCUGUUUGGUUGGUACAUUCCCUUUCAAUUCUUUCCUGUCUGGAUUCAUAUCAACUGUAGCUUCAUUCAUAUUAGGAGUUUGUCUUCGUAUACAAACCAACCCACAGAACAGGGCAGAGUUCAACAGCAUCACUCCGGAAAGAGCUUUUGGAGAUUUUGUAUUUGCACACGCUGUCCUCCAUCUUGUGGUAAUUAACUUCAUCGGAUGAGAGGGCGGGGCUUGCUAGUUACUAUGACAACCAAUUGUAUACAUUCUCUGUUAAGAUUUUCUGAUUAAUUAUUAACAAAAUUA